UAGUACAAGAGAUGGAAACCAAAGAUUACCUUCGUCAGGACUGCCAGAUGGUCUAUGGCAUUCCUAUGGUCUAUGCAUUCUCCUUUGACUGGGAUAGAAUUGAAAAUUUCCAGAGUAGGCCAGAUGACAUUGUGAUAGCCACAUAUCCCAAAUCUGGCACAACGUGGUUAAGUGAAAUUGUGGAUAUGAUUCUGAAUAACGGUGAUGUUGAUAAAUGCAAAAGAGAUGCUAUUUUCAAUAAAGUGCCUAUGUUAGAAUUUGUUGUCCCAGGGAAGAUGCCAGCUGAAACCACUCCAGCACAAAAUGGUCAUCGUCCCUGCUGCCAUUCGGGAGAGCUUGCUUCAGACCUAACAAGGAAAUUGCAAGUUCCUCAUGGCACAGAACAGUUAACUCAUAUGCCCUCUCCUCGCAUGGUGAAGACCCACCUUCCAGUAAACCUACUUCCCAAGUCUUUCUGGGAGAAAGAUUGCAAGAUGAUCUAUAUGGCUCGAAAUGCAAAGGAUGUUGCUGUCUCCUUUUAUCACUUUGACUUGAUGAAUAAGCUACAUCCAGAUCCUGGCUCUUGGAAUGACUACCUGGAAAAAUUCAUGAUAGGAAGAACAAUGAUCUUUGGCUCCUGGUACAAUCAUGUAAAAAGCUGGUGGAAUAAGAGAAAUGAUCAUUCCAUAUUGUACUUGUUUUAUGAAGACAUGAAAGAGGAUCCAAAGAAUGAGAUUAAGAAAAUCAUACAUUUCUUGGGAAAGAAUCUUGAUGAAUCAGUUAUAGAUAAUAUUGUUUAUCAUACAUCUUUUGAUGUGAUGAAGGACAAUCCUAUGACAAACUACAGGAUGGCUCCAGCUGCUGUAUUGGAUCAUAGUAUCUCUCCGUUCAUGCGCAAGGGAAUUGUUGGAGAUUGGAAGAAUCACUUUACAGUGGCUCAGAAUGAGGCAUUUGAUGAGAACUAUAAGAAGACAAUGGCAGAUACAACACUGCAAUUUCGAACUGAGAUCUGAGGCUCCCAUGAGCUGUAACAAACUGUUACUUUUAUGCAGUUCCAUAUACAAUAUGUCAUUCAAUAUGUUUUGAAUUCUUGCAAGUACUUGAUUUUAAAGGAGCAGAUUCUGAUUUGGCAGGUUACAGAAAAUAUGUACAUGAAUUUGGCAAACGGUUCCAGACCAAAAGAAUAAGAGCUUUUUUGUGACUUUUCUGGGUUUGGAUUCUUAUUGGCAGUAACUUAGCUCAUAGUCAUGUUUUAAUAUUUCUCCAUAGAAGCACAUAAUUUUUUUGCUGUUUUUAAAGCACAUUGGAGAAAAAAAAUAGGUAAAAAACUGCAGGAAGUCAAAAGAUUCAUUAGCCUCUACUGCUAUAUUUCCAAAUUAAAGCAUUGGUCUUAUUGGCUGCUAUAAAUUGAAGGAAAAUAUUGGGACAAAAAAUACCCUACAACUAACAUGAGUUGUGAAUUAAACAUUAAUAUUUUUGAAACACAGAGAAGACAUUCCGUACAAUAUUAGACACAAGUAAUGUAUAAAAUAUAUUUUUUAGGAAUUUUAAGGAAAAACAAUCAAGCAUAGAUAAUUUUAUUUCCAUUUUAACCUUCAAAUUGUGGUAUUUGAUUUUACUCCUGCACAAAUAACCUUUUUAUUAAGAAUUCUGAUUAAAAUAGAAGAGGAACCAAAGUCACGACAACAAAAUGUUCAGUCUCGACAGUCCGAGACCGCCAUUGACACUUUUGCCACUGGAUGGUCCAGUAGGACCUAAACCAUCCCGGAGAGACGGUGAUCAGGAAGACAA